AUGGCAGGCAACAGCUCGGGCGACGCAGAGAUACUCGUCCACAUUACAGCGCCGAGUCGCUCAACAGAUGAUGUCCUCUAUCGCCAGCUCGCAAAAGCCUACCUCGCUUUCGAGCCUCAGAAGCGCACACAGAUAUCUUUGGCGUCACCGCCGACAAGCAAGGAAGAAUGUCCUGCACCAGCUUGGGAUCGAGGCGCACCGUCGCCAAGUCAGAACCAGGUAGCCACCUCAUUUGGAAGGUCCUUUGAGAUCACAUCUCAAGAUUUGAGCUUUGAAGGCGCUAUAGACAAUCGUUGUUCACCACGCCUAUCGUAUGGAGGACUGGUCCAAGAAAUAGUACCUUCAUCGGAUGACGGGGGCUUUGGAUCUUUUAGUUCUUGGUGUGCACCCCCUAGUCAAAUCAACGACUCCUAUCCCAUGCCAGACGCUGGGCUACUGAACGUCUCACCAUCACGUAUACUACAACGCUAUGUUGGACGAACCCAGUCAUCUCAGGCCUCUAUGCUGUCCUCGUCGCCAACUGCGCACAAAAGACCUGCUCCUACACUCAAUCUCGGACAUGCAACAGAUAUACCUUCCUUAUUACCUGGUACCACUCAGAGGGAAUCACUCCUUACCCAAACACCUGGUUUAAUAGAGCGCGUCAAUUUCAUCCCGACAACCCAGCAAGAGGGUGAAAGGCCUGAUACUCCCGUUGCCACGGCAGACACAGAUGUUGUGGCCUUUGAGCACUUGUGCCCGGAUGUCACACAUAUAGCAAGCACUGCGGUUAGUAGCCGCUCACCAGCCCGAUCACCUCGCGCAGGAUCGGAGCCACCUCCAGCGAAAAGAUCCAAGAUCGGGUAUUUGCAACAUGGCGACCUUGUCCGGAGCUCCAGCGACACAGGGCCGUCCUUGUCAACGAAGAGUUCGCAGGUGGAACAAAUCAGCAGCAGCUUGGAGAUCCGACCCCCAUCCCCAUCUGCUGGAGUAGAUGAUAUCGAUCCUGCAGAUCUGAUAUCCGAAAAGCUUGCAAAACUCGCUCGUGACCUGUCGUCGCGAUAUCGUCCGACACUAACUCGGGAUGUUGACCCCUUCGAGCGAGGAUAUUGGCUGCUUGACUGCAGAGAUUGGAAUUCUACCGUCCGGUUUGACACCUGGGUAUUCCUUAACAAUUACCUCAAAAGCGGAUUGGCAGGCUGGGGAACCUGGUGUCGUAGAGACAAAACUCACGACUGGAUCCGUCUGUACUGCUGGGGUCAUGUCGCAAAACAUACAUACUUGCUUCUAUACCUUGCUAGUGGAAGACACGUCAAGGCAACCGGUGCGAAAUGGUAUGGAGCUGAUGGGGAAGCAGUUUUGAAAAUUCCGCCUUACGAAAAGCAGAUCUGA